AAUAUGAGUUCCUCUCUUCAGUUCUUCCUUUCUAAAGGGAAGAGGGGGAGCCACCUCUUCACAUACACGCUCCCAGCCCGCCCCACACAGAGAUGGAGACGGCGCACGCGGCCACGCUCGCCCUCCGCCUGGGACUCAGUCUGAUGCUGUGUUAUGGCGGUGCUGCGGGAGACUGCACCGUCUCCGUCUCUCAGACGCCUGUCCUCGAAGUAGACUACACGCAAGGGGCUGUGACCCUGCUCUGCUCCUUCUCCAUGGUGGGGUGCCCUCCCAAGACGCCCCAGAGCCUGUGGUUUCGCUACAGAGCCCACCAGUCGGAGACCCUCUGCUUGGACGGGUGCACGAGCGAGGCCGACAAAUUCACAGUGAGGAAGGCCCUGGAACAAAGCCAGGUCUCCCUCACAGUCAACAGGAUGACACCCAACGACAGCGCCAUCUACAUCUGCGGAAUAGCCGUGCCCAGCUCAGAAGACCCAAGGGCCAAGCAGACGGGAGCAGGGACCGUGCUGGUGGUGAGAGGAGUGAGAGACCCAGGCAAGGAGCUGCAGGGCCUCCUGAUCGCUGUGCUGUGUCUGCUCUCCGUCUACAUUGCGGGUGUGCUCGUCGUCUUCAUCAUCCUCUCCAGAUCAAAACUUAACACUCCAAGAAACAAAGAAACAGAAGAUUCACAAAAGAAAAAGAGUGCUAGGCGUAUUUUUCGGGAAAUUGCUCAAGAACUUUAUAAUAAGAGACUCGUGGGAACAAGCCAACAACCUGAGAAAGACAACACUUACGAAAACCGGACAGCACUUUACAACUAUGAAAGGCCAUAGAAAGAGUUUAAUUAUCAAUUAAGUCACUGAAAUUUCAGAGGCUGUGGUAGUGUUAAUGGACACAUACCCAUCAGGGCUUUAAAAACAUAAUCAAAGAUGAAUGGGAAAGACAGCUGGCCACAAGUAAGGGUGCCGGAGUACAAGGGAACCACACCAAACAAGAACGACCAAAUCCUCAAACCCAGUGAAACUGCAAAUACUUUCCUAACUUGCUAAAAGAAUUCUAAGCUAACAUUUUCCAAAAAGUCCACUUUUAUACCAUGCAUCCUAUAUUUGUUUCAUUCAACAUAUGAGGUGUGUGACGACUGUUACCCUGAAGAAGAUCUGAAGUCGUACCACAUGCUUUACCUUGAGUGGAGGAAUUGUCUUUAUGGGCUAUGCAAGUCGUGGGCAAUGAGACCAAGCUGGAAGGGAGGAAUAAGGGAGGGAGGAAGGGAGGGAAGGAAGUAUCAAAAUCUGAGCAGAGGACAAUCAUCUCGCAGAGCACCUCAGAGCAAAAUCCAUCUCCUCUUUUCUGCCGUGGCAGCGGCACAGUGCGUCCUCCUGCCAGGGGUGCCGAUGACGCACAGCACGCCACCCACAGACAGAGAGCCUAGCGUAGAAUGCACAGUAAGGAUACUGCAGCUAAAAUACAGAAAACCCAGAGCAGAAGGCGGAACAGAGAACACCGCAGAACAGAGGAACACAGCAGCCUCCGGAUGGCAGCACUGUGCCGAAGAGCGAGCCCAGGGAAGGAGGGGGCAACUGCAGCCACCCCAGGAGGGAGGGUCAGAUCAGGGCUGACGCAGCAAGGAUGCGUACGGAACCACUGCCGCCUCACCAAGAAGACAGGUUAUGGACUGUUCUCUGCAAGCUACUUCAGUCCAAAAUCUACUUCAAGUACCCACAACUGGAACUGACUAUUAAAUAUGAGU